AGUGUAAAAAUCAUUUUUAAAACGUGCUUUAAUUUGACACAAAAACAUCGAAAAAAGUUCGGGUUUUUUUCUAAAAAAAAGUCCAAAUACAUGUUUUUGGUGAAGUUUUAGUAUGGGAGUGAAUUCUAUCGAAACCAAUCGUUUGUUCCGUCUCUACGUAAGAUUGCCUAUUAAAAUCGAAUCGGAAGCUCAAAUUAGGGAGCUUCAUGAAGAAAUUGUAAAAGUUUGGCUGCCGAGGCAGAAAUCUCGCCGUUGGUGCAUCAUUGGUUUUAACGACACCGAUACGCUUAAAAAAGCGCUCGUUGCUAUUAAACGUAAAAAAAUAAACGAAAAGAAAGUCGUUGUACGAGAAUACAAAGUUAAAAAUAUAGAAUAAACAAAAUUAAGAUAAUCAAGAUAAUCAUAACCUCAUUUUUUUGGAAAACCUAACCUCAAUCAAAAAAGUAAUUUAAUAAACAUGGUUCAUCACUUUAUUGGAAACCCGUAUAAAACGGAUAUGUCAGAUUCGGAUGAAGCAGAUUUCCCAAUUGAUGAUCCUUUCGAUGAUCACUCAGAAGAUAGCGGCUCGGUGGUUGAUUUUGAAGAAAAUUUUGAUGAAGAAGACGAUAAUUAUGAUUUUAGUCUGGACGACGGUAGCGAUACCGUUUACGAUUCAGACGAACCCGGCCCACCGAUACCCGAUUACGAGGAAGAAAUCGAGGAAUCAGACGAAAACAACGAAGAAAGCGACGAAGAACAACCAUCGUCGGUUAUAGUCAAAGAAAACGAGACUUGAUUUCGCCGAAUCUUCAAUUUAAAUAAACGUUGUAAUUAGAU